GUUACUCGAGCUCGAGCUCGAGCUGCAACUUUUGUUGAUUGCUUGCCCCCCCACCACACAGCUCAUCCACCUCCCCCUCCUCCUCUUCUCCUCAUCUUCUUGCCUGCCUGCCUGCAUACGUUCGUACAUUCCAAAACGGACGCACGUGACCACACGACUGUCAUAGUAAACUUAGAUAAGACUAAAGAAAGACAUAUCACUGCAUUGCUCCCUCUUCCUCCUCCCCGACCUGCUCCACCUCCUCCCCAUCCUCAUCCGCAUCCCCAUCCCCGAGCACGAAAGCAAACGGACCAACGCCACAAACUCCAAACCAAUCCAUUCCCAUCCCAGCCGAAAGAUCUCACCACACGAUGUCCCUCCACACCGCACCCACCGAGUCCACGCCAUUAUCGGCCAUGUUCUCGCUGCAGGGCAAAGUCUGCCUAAUCACUGGCGGGAACCGCGGCAUCGGUUACGCAAUCGCGCAAGGCUACGCAGAGGCCGGCGCAGCCGGCCUGGCCAUCAUCCACUCCUCGUCCAAAACCUCCUCCAUCGCCGAGGCGCGAGCCGACGAGCUACGUGCAGCAUGGCCGAGCACCGAAGUCGCCGUGUACGCGUGCGACGUGUCGGAUCCGGUCGCGAUCGAGACCACGACGAACCGUGUUGCUGCCGAGUUUGGAAGGCUGGAUGUGGUCGUUGUCAAUGCGGGGUUGUAUUCGGACGCGAAGGCCCUCGAUAUGGCGCCUGAGGAGGCGCAGAAGGUUACCGCUGUUAAUUACUUCGGCGCGCUGUAUACUGCGCAGGCGGCGGCGAGGGUCAUGAGAGCGAACGGAACACCGGGGAAGAUAAUCUUCACCGCAUCGAUUAACGGGCACAUGAUCCUGCGACCGCAACGGGAGUCGAUCUACAGCGCGUCCAAGGCGGCGGUAUGCCACCUGACGCGUGCGCUGGCUGUGGAAUGGGCCGAGUACAACAUCCAGGUAAACGCGGUGUCGCCCGGCUAUAUCGACACGGAGAUGAACGACAUCAUGAUCGAGAAGUAUCCGGACCAGGUCGGGAACUGGCUCAAGGACUGCCCUGCCGGAAGGUUCUGCAAGGUCUGGGAACUUAAGGGGGUCUAUGUAUUUCUGGCCAGCCAGGCGAGCAGUUAUGUCACCGGCGCGGAUUAUGUCGUUGAUGGUGGUCAUACUUGCCAUUAACUAGCUGGAAAUAUGAUAAGCA